AUGCCAACCCUCUUCAACCCCAAGACUCACCUCUCAUAUGUCAAGCCAACUGCCGUUCACACCAUGAAGAGCUUCGGACUUCCCGAUAUUGGUGUCGCUCCCAUCGCAGCGUCUGAGCCCUUCCAGCUGUUCAGCCCGGAAGCGGUUGAUAUCAUGAGAAAAGAGGCUCUUUCCGACAUUGUCCAGGAGAAGCAUUUCUUUGGCUGCGAUCUCGCGCCAUUUCAGCUUCGUGGCUAUGCCGCUGAACACGCCAAGUUCUCCUUCGAAGCGUGGAGCCACCCCGACGUUACCAGGAUUGUCUCAGAGAUUGCCGGCGUCGACCUCGUUCACAACAUUGACUACGAAAUUGGACAUAUCAAUGUCUCCAUCCCAGGAAAGAGACUUGAUCACGAGACUGUCCCCGAGAAAGAGAGGGAUGCGGUUGUUGGUUGGCACAAGGACAGCUAUCCAUUUGUCUGUGUUCUCAUGUUGAGUGACACGGCCGGGAUGGUAGGUGGCGAGACGGCGAUCAAGACGGGCACGGGUGAAAUCAAGAGAAUUCGCGGUCCACAGAGAAAGGGAUGUGCCGUGGUCAUGCAAGGCCGCUACCUUGAUCAUGCAGCUUUGCCUACCCUCGGUGGCCAAGAGCGAAUCACCAUGGUUACCUCAUACCGCCCUCGUUCCCCAUUUGUCCGGGACGACACCCGCCUUACAACCGUACGACCCACUUCCCACCUGCCCUCCCUGUAUGGACAGAUCCUCGAGUAUCAACUUGAGAACACCGAGGCUCGAGUCCGUCAUAUGUUGAAGAUGAUCAGGGAGGAUAUGCGGGCUGACCGGGUUAACGUGAAGGCCGUCAAGCAGUUCCUUGGUUUUGAGAUCGCUCAGCUAAGGAUUCUUAACAAGGAGGUUGUGGAGGAACGCUUUGUCAAGAAGGGCCAUGUUGCGGAGGCCGUUGCUGCACAGCGAGCAGCGGAGGAAGCGGAGAGAAAGCAGUGUGAGUGA